CACCACCGAAGCAAACUGCAAACAAAUCAAUCCCCCCCUUAAACCCUCCUCGCUGAUCACCGCACCACGCAGCGCUCCGCUCCCGUCCCCUCCACGAUGGACGCGCCGGCGAAGCGGCGGCACCAGUCUGGCGGCGCCCACCCGACGCGCCGCAAGGUCGUGGAGGAGCCCUUCCACCCCGCGGCGCCAACCCCCGCCGCCGCCGCCGCGGCGGCGCCCCCCUCCCGCCUCGUCGGCGCCAUCGUCGAGAAGGGCUUCACCGCCGCCGCGCCUUCCUCCGCCCCGCGCCCCUCCGUCCUCCCCUUCCCCGUCGCCCGCCACCGCUCCCACGGCCCCCACUGGGGUCCCGUGGCGAAGGGCGCUGGUAAGGAUGGGGAUGAGGAGGAGGACGCCGAGAUGGACACGGACGAGACGGAUUACCAGCAGGUGGCGUCCGCCGCAGCUGGCCCGGUGAGGAGAAAGGAAAAGAAAGGGAUGGAUUUCAGCCGCUGGCGGGAGUUUGUUGGCGACGCUCCCCCCAAGCAGCGUCAGGGGAAGCCAGCGCAGGCCAAAAAACAGAGCGAGCUGAAAAUUGAUGCUGGGGCUGUGACUUUGAAUGUGGGUGCUGCGUCAGCUGGGGUUAGAGAAUUGAAGGGAGGCGCAAUGCAGAUUGACAGUGGAAAUGCCAGGGAAGGACCAGGUGCCGCAAUUUCGGUUUCUGACGUGGUGUCCAAGAAGCCUAUGAAUGAGGCUGAAUCGAGAGUUGAAUUGGUGAAGCCAGGUGAGGUUAGGAAUUUGGCAUCGCAUGGAGAGAGAAUGCAACUGGACGGCGGGGAGUCAUCGAUGGAAGCGGAGAUUAAUGCAGAGAACAUGGCUAGGUUGGCUGGGAUGUCUGCAGGGGAGAUUGCGGAGGCACAGGCGGAUAUCAUAAAUAAGAUGAACUCUGCAUUGGUGGAGAUGCUGAGGCGGCGGGGGAGGGAGAAAUCUGGAGGCACAAAGGGUGCGGGUAAGGACAAGGGUACGGAAAACCCAGGGCCACAGAAGGCCAAAGGGGCUACACCAGGGGAUUGGUUGAUGGCUGGUGAACACAGUGGGCGCUCUUGGAAAGCGUGGAGUGGGAGGGUGGAGCGGAUCAGGUCAUGUAGGUUCACAUUGGAUGGAGAUGUGUUGGGGUUCCAAUCUUCUCAAGGGCAGCAAGAUGGCAAUAAGACACAUGCAGAAAACGUAGCUGAGCGUGAUUUCCUUAGAACAGAAGGAGACCCCGCAGCUGUUGGGUACACAAUCAAUGAGGCAGUGGCACUUACCAGGAGCAUGGUUCCUGGCCAGCGUGUGCUUGCACUGCAGCUUCUUGCUUCUAUUUUGAAUAGGGCAUUGCAGAGCCUGCAUAAAAUGGAUCUACUUGAUAAUGUUAAAGAAAUGGACUUUAAUGACAAAUUUCAUGACUGGCAAGCAGUUUGGGCAUAUGCCCUUGGGCCUGAACCGGAGUUGGUACUCUCUCUAAGGAUGGCGUUGGAUGAUAACCAUGAUUCUGUAGUUUUGAGUUGUGCUAAAGUAAUUAAUGCAAUGCUGAGCUUUGAGUUUAACGAAUCAUAUUUUGAAUCAUUAGAGAGAGUAGUAGAUCACGGGAAAGAUAUCUGCACAGCUCCUGUGUUUCGUAGCAAGCCUGAUCUAGAUGGAGGCUUUCUUGAAGGAGGCUUUUGGAAAUAUAACACUAAACCAUCGAAUAUACUCCCACAAUAUGGUCAUAAUGAUGAGGACGAAGGUGAUGAGAAGCAUACCAUUCAGGAUGAUGUUGUUGUGUCUGGACAAGAUGUUGCUGCAGGUUUUAUUAGGAUGGGAAUACUUCCACGAAUAUGUUUUCUUUUGGAGAUGGAUCCACCUCCUGUUUUGGAAGAUUAUCUUGUUUCCAUUCUUGUGGCACUAGCUAGGCACUCCCCACAGUCUGCUGAUGCAAUCUUGAAUUGUCCAAGGCUUAUCCAAAGUGUUACUAAGCUGUUGUCAAAGCAAGGAUCAAUGGAAAUUCGCUCCUCACAGAUCAAAGGGGUUACUCUCUUGAAGGUUCUGUCCAAAUACAACAGGCAAACAUGCUUGAAUUUUGUGAACCAUGGAGUUUUUCAGCAGGCAAUGUGGCACUGGUACAGAAAAGCCGGUACUCUUGAGGAUUGGGUAAGGUCUGGAAAGGAACAGUGCAAACUUAGUUCAGCAAUGAUGGUUGAGCAGUUGCGGUUUUGGAGAACCUGUAUCUCUUAUGGGUUUUGCGUUACACACUUUGCAGAUUUGUUUCCUGUUCUAUGCCUGUGGCUCAGUCCUCCGAAUAAGAAACUAAGUGAACACAAUGUUCUCGUUGAGUUUAGUUCUGUUGCUAGAGAGUCAUAUCUUGUCUUAGGGGCUCUGGCGCAAAGGUUACCACUUCUUCAUUCAGUGGAGCAGCUUGCCAAGCAAGAUGUGGGAAUUUCUGCUUCCAGUUACAUGGAGAUAUGGUCUUGGAGCCAUGUAGUCCCGAUGGUAGACCUAGCGCUAUCUUGGUUACGUCUGAAUGAUAUUCCUUAUGUAUGUUCACUUAUUAGCAGUCAGAAUAGGAAUACAAAGCACAUGCUAGAGGCAAGCUACUUGAUUUUGUUGAUUGCUUCUGUGCUAGGCAUGCUUAAUUCAAUACUUGAAAGAAUAUCACCGGAUGCCACUUAUGAUGGUAAAAGUUAUAGCUUGCCUUGGAUACCUGAUUUUGUCCCUAAAAUUGGCCUGGGCAUAAUUGGUAAUGGAUUUUUCAGCAUCUCUGGCACUGUUGCUUUUGGAAAUCUGGAUCAUCAGUCUUUCUGCAGUACAUCAUUGGUGCAGGGACUUUGUUAUAUGCGAUGCCAUGGUAAAGUUGAUGUGUCAUUGUCUUCCAUAAGUUGCCUUCAAAGAUUAAUGCAGCUAUCCUGGUCUGUUGACAGAGUGAUUCAGGGAGCCACAAAAGGUUUUUCAGAGCAUCUCAAUGAAUCUAAAACUGGGGCAGUUGGCAAGCUACUAGGAGAAGGCAUCUCCAGUUUAUGGCAUGAUGACUUAUCACACUUGCUAACUUCACUUUUGCCAAUGAUUUCCUCGCAGUGGUCCAUAUUACAGAACAUAGAGGUGUUUGGUAGAGGAGGACCAGCUCCUGGUGUUGGGUUUGGCUGGGGAGCUCGUGGUGGAGGGUUUUGGUCUCUUAAAUGUUUGCUUGCACAACUGGAUUCACAGUUGGUCUUACAAUUGUUCAAAAAUUUCUCUUCAGCACCAGGAGGUCCUGUCACUCUCAAUAAUGGAGUAAACUCAGAUAAUGUGACCAACACAGCUGUCACGGUUUCAGAUAGAAUCAGUUCUUCACUUGGGGUGUCUUUGAUUGCAGGACCGGGACAGAUCUCUAUGAUGGAGAAAGCCUUUGACAUCCUCCUUGAACCAUCAAUUCUGAAGUAUCUCAAAUCAUCUAUACAUAAAUUUGUCUCUCACAUGGCAUUACCAAAACCUUUUGAGUGGGACAUAACUGAAGAUGAAUAUCUGCUUUUCAGCAGUGUGCUGAAUUCACAUUUUAGAUCUAGAUGGUUGUCCAUCAAGAAGAAGCAUUCAGAUAAGUAUGCAGGAAAUAACAAUAGCACCAAUGUACCAAAAAUACCAGAGACAUUGGAGACAAUUCAAGAAGAAACAGAGUUAACAGAAGCUGUGAAUGAACCUCGCAGCACAUUAGUGGUAGAGUGGGCGCAUCAGAGACUGCCUCUUCCUGUACAUUGGAUUCUAAGUGCAAUCUGCUGCAUUGAUGAUCCAAAAGGCAUCCUUUCGACAUCAGCCAACUAUAUUCUUGAUGUCUCAAGGGCUGGUCUUAUAUUUCUAUUUGGUUUGGAAGCCAUUUCAGCUGCCCAGUGCCUUCAUGCUCCGGUGAUCUGGAAAAUGCAUGCACUUUCUGUCUCUAUCCGCUCUAGCAUGGAUUUGCUACAAGAAGACAGAAGCAGGGAUAUUUUCCAUGCUUUACAGGAAUUGUAUGGCCAACAUCUUGACAUGGUAUGCCAGAAGUACUAUGGAUCUCACUCUGUCAAGGAAGAUGAUAGUGUUGGAAUGGCUAAUUUAGAGGAAGGAAAAGAGAUCAGUAGGCUUGAAAUCCUAAGAUUCCAGGAGAAAAUUCAUGGAAGCUAUACUACUUUUGUCGAGAGCCUUAUUGAGCAAUUUGCAGCUGUCUCAUAUGGAGAUGUUAUUUUUGGUCGGCAAGUGGCCAUUUAUCUGCAUAGAAUGGUUGAACCGGCAGUACGUCUUGCAGCAUGGAAUGCAUUGUCUAAUGCAUAUGUGCUCGAAUUGUUACCACCACUGGAUAAAUGCAUUGGAAACAUGGAAGGUUACUUGGAGCCUCUUGAGGCUGAUGAAAAAAUUUUGGAAUCUUAUGCCAAAUCAUGGACAUCUGGUGUCCUUGAUAAAGCUGCACAGCGUGAUUCCAUGGCCUACACAUUAGUGAAGCACCAACUCUCUGGCUUUGUCUUCCAGUGCAGUGCUUCUGGCAAAACGCUGCGAUACAAGGUGGUCAAAUCGCUUCUCCGGUGCUACGCACAGAAGCGGCAUCAUGAGGCUAUGCUGAAGAGCUUCGUUCUGCAAGGCAUCGCACUGGAUCCCGAGUGCAGUAGUAAUGAGCUUGACCGGCGAUUUGAAAUCUUGAAGGAUGCUUGUGAGAUGAACUCUUCCCUCUUAGCUGAAGUCCAGAGACUGAAGGCAUCUCUCGGCCAAUGAAGGCCAGUAACUGAGAAUAUGUCACGAACUUGACAGGUAUUAGUUGUAGAAAAGUGCUGUUCAUUCAGUUAUUCAUAGGAUGUCAAAAGCACGGCGCAGGAAAACCAGGCAUGAAGCCAUGAACUGAUCAGUAAAGCAUUAAGCUUGGGCUAAACAUCCAAACCACAGGGAACUCACACCACUCGCAGAGCCAUCUGACACUCGCAAAGCCGCAACCCGACUUUGCCAGAAGAGCAGCACAGCUACAAUCAUCCACUACCACUAAACGGAUGCUUGAACCUGAACCCAAAGGGCAGCAUCUGAAACUGCGCUGGUCAGCGAACGUGUUCGCCGCGGCAAAAGGCAGCACAUGUCGGCAGUAGCACGAACUAAGUAUUCAGAUAAGUAAGUCUUCUCCAAAGGUUAGAGAUUGAUACUAGCUCAUACAUCUAAGAGAUAAUAUAAGAUAUGCCCUCCAACAGUUUGUCACGCACGACGCGCUUUUGUGUAAUAUGCUAUGGUCUCAAUGCCCUUACGAGGUAGUGAUGAGUUUCACGCUCACCAAAGCUCGGUCCAGAGUCAAACACUAGUUCAUACAUCUAGAUAGACUCACAUGUCAACUCAUCACUAAUUUAGGGAUGUGUCCAUGAGAUUCUCUCGAACAAUCUCUCUUCUUCAUCUCUCUCUUUCACAUGGAUAAAAAAUCGAUGUGGCAUAGUUAUGAACAAGAGAUCACCUCUUUCUUUCA